AUGCUACGUAGGGCCCUGAUUCUAUGUAAUUAUUUCUUACUCAUAUCUGAUCCACAAGUAGCUGUUGUAUAUACGUGUGUGUGUAUGUGUAUGUGUGUGUGUGUGUAUUUAUGUAUUUGUGUGUGUAUAUGUAUGUAUGUAUGUAUGCGUGUGUGUCGGUGUGUGUGUGUAUGUAUGCGUGUGGGCGUGUGCGUGUGGUUUGUAUGUAUGUCUGUAUGUAUGUAUGUCUGUAUGUAUGUAUGUAUGUAUGUAUGUAUGUAUGUAUGUAUGUAUGUAUGUAUGUAUGUAUGUAUGUAUGUAUGUAUGUCUGUAUGUAUGUAUGUCUGUAUGUAUGUAUGUAUGUAUGUAUGUAUGUAUGUAUGUAUGUAUGUAUGUAUG